GUCAGAAGUCAGAACAGACAGAAAACAAAACGCCCUAUUGUUGAACUUGAAUAAGCCUCCUCGGUUUCUCCAGUCAAAACUGUACACUUCACUAAAUCACUCGAGCCGUCUGUGUCUAUCUCCUCUUGGAUUCCUACAAUUCUCGUCACAACGGAAGCCAAUUCAAACUAUUUCUCUUCUCACCAGUCACCACAAGCCAUCUCACAAUCAACACACAUUGAUCGUUUUAGUUUGAUGGAAGCUCUCUCGCAUACGAUCACGCCCAAACUCACCCCUACUCCUGUAAAGAACGACGUUCUUCGCCGGAAUGGAUUCACUCCCGCAAUCCUCCGAUCCAACGGUUGUUAUUCGACUAGAAUUUGUAGGAGAAGCCGCGUAUUCGCUAAGAUUCAUCACAGCAAGGGACUCAAUUUCAACGAUCCUGAUUGGAAGUUGAAAUUCCAGAGAGAUUUCGAGGACCGGUUUGAUCUUCCUCACAUAACGGAUAUUUUCAAAGAUGCUACACCAAUACCUUCUACGUUUUGUCUCCGGAUGAGGACUCCAGUUAAUGAAGAAUUUGCAGAUGGUUAUCCAUCUGAUGAGAAGUGGCACGGGUACAUAAAUAACAAGGAUAGGGUACUUCUAAAGGUUAUCAAUUACUCGUCGCCCAAUUCCGCUGGAGCUGAGUGCAUUGAUCCUGAUUGCACUUGGGUUGAACAAUGGGUUCAUCGUGCUGGGCCUCGGGAGGAAAUAUACUUCAGACCAGAAGAAGUAAAAGCAGCAAUAGUUACCUGUGGUGGACUAUGCCCUGGUCUCAAUGAUGUCAUAAGACAUAUUGUCAUCACUCUUGAAAUAUAUGGCGUAAAAAAUAUAGUGGGGAUUCCGUUUGGUUAUCGUGGAUUUUGUAGCAAGGAUUUGUCUGGAAUGCCGCUAUCUCGAAAAGUGGUUCAAAAUAUUCAUCUUUCUGGCGGAAGCUUGUUAGGAGUUUCACGUGGUGGACCUGGCGUCAGUGAAAUUGUUGACAGUAUGGAGGAAAGAGGAAUUAACAUGCUCUUUGUGUUGGGCGGAAAUGGUACUCAUGCUGGAGCCAACGCAAUACAUAAUGAGUGCCGUAAAAGGAGGAUGAAGGUCGCUGUUGUUGGCGUGCCAAAAACCAUAGACAAUGAUAUUUUGCUGAUGGAUAAAACUUUCGGCUUUGACACUGCUGUUGAAGAAGCACAACGAGCAAUAAAUUCUGCAUACAUUGAGGCACAUAGUGCUUAUCAUGGUAUUGGGGUUGUGAAAUUGAUGGGUCGUAGCAGUGGAUUUAUAGCCAUGCAUGCAGCCCUAGCAAGUGGACAAAUUGACAUAUGUUUGAUCCCAGAGGUACCUUUCAGUUUACAUGGACCCCAUGGUGUUUUGAGGCAUUUGAAAUACCUAAUUGACACAAAGGGAUCAGCAGUGAUCUGUGUAGCAGAGGGAGCUGGACAGAAUCUAAUUGAGAAAACUAAUGCUACAGAUGCAUCUGGAAACAUAGUACUUGGAGAUAUUGGUGUACACAUCCAGCAAGAGACAAAGAAAUAUUUUAAGAAGCUUGGUGUUCCUGCUGAUGUGAAGUAUAUUGAUCCCACAUACAUGAUCCGUGCUUGCCGUGCAAAUGCGUCAGAUGGAAUUCUUUGCACUGUUCUAGGACAAAAUGCUGUUCAUGGGGCAUUUGCCGGAUUUAGUGGCAUUACAGUCGGCAUAUGCAACACUCACUAUGCCUACUUUCCUAUUCCUGAAGUUAUUUCUUAUCCAAGAGCUGUGGACCCUAAUAGUCGCAUGUGGCACCGUUGCUUGACUUCAACGGGUCAGCCUGACUUUGUCUAGUUAUCAAGGUUUCUAAUUUAUGCCAAAUAGUUCAUUGAGUUUAAUUUAUCAGAAGGGUUUGUGAGGAACACAAAGUUAGGUCAUAGCUUCGGAAACUUCAUAAUUGGGCUGCUCAUCAUAGGCUUUUAAAAAAAUAAUACAAAGGAUGAUAUUAUCACCAAAUUAGAGAAUUUUGAAGUGUAUAGCAUUUCUGCACAGGUUUUCAGCGGUGCGUCAUAACAAAAUCUCAUAGGAAUCCCCCGAGCGUUUUGUGCUUGGUUUUGAAUGAUAUCUAGCUGUUCAUGACAUUGUCAAACAAGCCAAAUAUGAGAAUGGCCUCAUACAUGCUUCAUGAAUACAAUAACUACUGAAUCAAAUAAUGUUAUGUACUGAUCUGGUAACAGUACCAAUUGAGAAUAACUGUUGUAUUGAUUUGUGUAUUGUUAUUGUUUAUCUUAAAUCAGAUGGUAACCGACAAUACUGUACGGUAUCUAUGGUAUGCAAGUGGAAGUAGAUUAAAAAUUUCACUAACUUUUGAUUGUAAAUUUAUACUCAAGAAGAACAACAAUAAUGUUUUGUAGAAGCACUGCAGAGAUGCCAAUUGGAUGGCGUUGCAAAUACAU